GGGCAGGAUGUUGGCCCGAAUGCCGUUGCUGGUUGGCUUGCUGUACCAUGUGAUGUUCCGGGAGGCAAUGGCCUCGCCGAUGGAGGCGGAGAGCAGGUCAGCGUUCUCUGCGGCCCGCACCAGCAGCAUGGUGGGGGGGCCCCACAUGGCAGUCACCUUCGACAAGGUCUACGUGAACAUCGGUCACGACUUCGACCCCAGCACCGGCCUGUUCACCUGCCGCGUGCCUGGGGCCUAUUACUUCUCCUUCACGGUGGGUAAGUUCCCCAGAAAGAGCCUGUCGGUGAUGCUGAUGAAGAACAGGAGGGAAGUGCAGGUCAUUGUCUACGAUGAGCACCAUCGGCAGGAGAGGAAAGUGCGGAGUCAGAGUGCCAUGCUGCAGCUGGAACAUGGUGAGACCGUCUGGCUGCGUUUACACGGUGACCCCAAGUAUGCCCUCUACAGCAAUGCAGGGCCCUACACUACCUUCAACGGCUACCUCAUCUACCCGAGACCCCCUCCUCCUCCUCCUCCUCAUCCACGGUCGGCCUUCUCUGCUGCUCGGAGCCAGAGCCUGGUGGGAGAGGACGGAGACAAGUACAAGAGGCAGGCCGUGCCCUUUGACACCGAGUUUGUCAACAUCGGCGGAGAUUUCAACACGUCCCUGGGCGUCUUCACUUGCCGCGUGUCUGGGGCCUAUUACUUCUCCUUCAACAUCGGCAAGCUGCCUUACAAGACCAUGUCGGUCAAGCUGAUGAAGAACGACGACGAGGUGCAGGCCAUGGUCUACGAUGACAGUCGUUCCAAACGGAGAGAGAUGCAGAGUCAGAGCGUGAUGCUCUCCCUGACCGAAGGGGACCACAUCUGGCUCUACAGCUACCAGCACGAAGGCUACGGGGCCUACAGUAACCAUGGCAAAUACAUCACCUUCACCGGCUUCCUCGUCUACCCCGAUCAGCAGGUCGCCGACUGUCAGUUAGAACCCCGAAAUAAACUGUGACCACAGGUUCGACUCGAAUCUGCUGGAACUUCACGUGCAUCGACAAACCUCUGUGUUGUCCUGUGAAUGUCUCAUUGUGUUGUAGUACAAGUGUCAGCCCAAACAAACUCUGGAAAUAUACUUGCGAAAAUCUCCCAAAUGUUUCUGUGUGUGUGUGUGAGUGUGUGAGUGUGUGUGUGUGUGUGUGUGUGAGUGU